AUGACGCUAGCCUACGGCUCCGUCCGCUGCUGGCGGAUCUUCACCCCCGACCAGUGCUCGGGGAUCAACCGCUUCGUGGUGCUCUUCGCCGUCCCGCUCCUCUGCUUCCACUUCAUCUCCACCAACAACCCCUUCACCAUGAACCUACGCUUCCUCGUCGCCGACACGCUGCAGAAGCUCGCCGUCCUCUUCCUCCUCUUCCUCGACUCCCGCCUUUCCUCUUCUCACUUCCUCGGCCUCGACUGGAGCAUCACGCUCUUCUCCCUCUCCACGCUCCCCAACACGCUCGUCAUGGGCAUCCCGCUGCUCCGCGGCAUGUACAGCAGCGGAGCCGCGUCCUCGUCCUCCGCCUCCACCGACGCCGGCACACUCAUGGUCCAGAUCGUCAUCCUCCAUACCGCGCCGCGCGCGCUCGUGCUCGACCAGUUCCCCGACGGCGCUGCCGCCUCCAUCGUCUCCUUCCGUGUCGACUCCGACGUCGUCUCACUUGCCAGGGGCGAGAUCGAGCUCGAGGCCGACGCCGUCCCCGUCGCCGCCGGCGCCUCCUUGAUCGGCGGCGACACCAUACAGGUGCGGGUCACCGUGCGCAAAUCCACCAGCUCACGCUCCGAGGCCGCGUGCUCGCACUCCCACUCCCACUCGCAGUCCAUGCAGCCCCGGGUCUCCAACCUCUCCGGCGUCGAGAUCUACUCGCUGCAGUCGUCGCGCAACCCCACCCCGCGCAGCUCCAGCUUCAACCACGCCGACUUCUUCAAUAUCGUCGGCGCCGGUGCCAAGGGAGGAGGAGCAGCGGCGGCGGCGGGGGACGAGGAGAAGGGCGUCGGCGGGCACUCGCCGCAGCCACAGGCCGUGGCCGUGGCGGCCAAGAGGAAGGACCUGCACAUGUCCAUCUGGAGCUCCAGCGCCUCCCCGGUCUCCGAGCGCGCCACCAGUGCUGCCGUGCACGUCUUCGGGUCCGGGGCCGACGACCAUGCCGACGUCCUCGCCAAAGGCGUCAGAAAGCGUUUCCAACCAUUGUAA